CACAGGUGACAAUGAUUUCUACUGAUCAUUACAUUCAAAAUGCUCAAGACUGAAGGUAGUGAGUGAUCACAGAAACAUUUCAACUUUGAAAAACACAGCUUAAGGAAGACUCACCUGCUCAUUUUAAAGAUUUUAACACUAGUCUAACAGGAAUAACUUUUCAGAGCCUCUUCUUAUGAACACAAAUCCCACUACUGACUCCAGAUCUUCUUGCACAGGCCACGCCUUCCAGCACACCUGCUUGUAAACUCUUCACAGAGCAACUACACCAAGAUGGAGCUUAAAUACGCAGAGGGAGUGUUGUUGUGGGCUGUGUGAGGGGGAGGAAGGGAGGGACAGUGGCAAGUUUGAGGAAACACACAUGGGAAGCCUUCCAGAUCUUGUACAAAUCUAAUGCGUUGUGGAUGGCUUCAGUCAAGGAGUCACCUCGUCGACACAGGAUGGGAGCUUUGAGGUUCUGCAUUAUUUCAUGAUAUGAAGUGAGGACAUGCUGAGAUACAGCAUCUAGGAGGACUUGUACAACUUCCUAGAAUGUGAUGGAAUUUCCUCAAAGCCAACGUGGAACAAUCCAGAGACAAGAUGCAAGCGCCACUGACCUCCCCAUGCCUCUUAGUGAGGAUCUUCAUGGAAUGUACCUUACUGAUUAUCUUAAAGAUAGUGAGACACACUUGUAUGAGGUCACUUGGGCUGGGCUCAUACCCCCAAGUGAAUCCCAACUCCGACCUCCAGGCCAUCUCUCAAGUCAUGGAGGAGAAGGCCCUCAGAACAUAGACCCCCAAAUCCUAAAUGGGCCUUCCCCAGUCCGUGGCCCUCAUCCUGCACCCAGAACCAGGCUUCCUAGUGCAUGUUUGCCAGCAAGGCAGAGGCAGGAACCCCCUCCUGUUCCCCCCAGGACACACGUACCCGUCAGAAACAGCAAAAUGACGUUUUCCUGUGACCUCGCUGAGCCCACUUACAAACUGAAUCGUUCCAGGACAGAAAUACACAAUCAUGAACCAUGGGCCAUCAAACUAAUAGACACUCCACAAGGCAGCACCAAGAGGCUGGCUUCUUUUUGUGAUGCAACUUCCAAGCUCAUGUCACGGUACAAGCACACAGACAGCGCUCAUAACUCAGGAGUUGUAUGGGGUCAAUUGUUACAAAUUCACCCUGCCCUACUGCAGCAGGUGGAGGUGGAUGUCAGUGUGGCCAUUGAGUGGGACAACAACCAUGUCCCUUUGCCCACCACAGUGAACAGGACAGUGCAGAGUCUGAUUGAUGAAAUCUUCCAGCUGCUGGACCUCACUUCUGGCACAAGCGGGAAUUAUGUUUUAAAACUGUGCGACUCUGAGGAGUAUCUCAAAAAUGAAGAACUGCUUGGUAUGCAUGAGACCAUUCAAAUCUACUACAAGCUUAAUCUAGUUGUCCCCCUCCGACUGCUCCAAGUGAACAAACUCAAACACCGUUUGGCUAGGAAUGAGGAGGACGACAAAGCCCCAUGCCAACUGUACCAGCUCAUGCAUCCUGUCUGUGUCUUCAGCCCCUGCAAGUUGAGCCUGCAAGAUGUGCUCAAUACCUACAACAGAGAGGUGAUGGAGCUAAUGAGAAACAAGUCUGGGAUGAACGUUAACGUGCUUGUGGACUGUGUUCGCACCAUCAGCAAUCUUCUGUGUGGGCUCUCAUGUCAGGAGUUGGAGGACACAAUUGGCAGGCUCAACAGAAUAAAUCCCAUAACUCUGAGUCAUGAUGAGGUGUCUGACUGUGAAACUGCCUUGAUGAUGCUUCACAGGGCGAUACUAAAAGUGCUGCAGAUGUUUUUUGACAACUUCCAGUCUGACUUCAGAGGUCAGGAGGUAACCAGCAACCUGCAAACCAAUGAUGUUGAGAAGAACACUGAAAUCCUCCAAUUCAAUAUUUCUGCUCUCUAUCAACUACCACCCAGCUGGAUGACCAAUUUUGAGUGCUUCUCUAUUUCCUGUGAGUUGACGUAUGGAGGAAGAAAGAUCUGUGACACUGGCAUUUCUGAAAACAUCAGCACUGCAUUGUCAUACGGAAACAAGAUCCAGUGUAACCGCAUAAUGGUUUUUCCUGUUCCAGUAAAUGAGCUGCCAUAUGAGUGCAUGUUGACAUUUUGCCUCAAGGGCUCCAAACGAGGCAAGAGCCCAGAGCUCUUAGGCUGGGCUGUACUACCUCUGUACAGUGACGGGACUCUGGUGACGGGGAUUGUUCUGCUCAGUAUGUCCACACUAGCUGAGCUGCCUGCUCCUCCCUCCCCUGCCUUGUUUGACAGCCACACACAAGCCAUUGGGGUCAUACUGCAGCUCCAGUUUCAGGAUCAGGUUGAGUGGAAGUGUGUAAGGCCCUGUGCGCUCCCCGGUUCAAUCAUAUUUACUCAGCCUUGUGAGGAAUUACAAAAGAAAAUGUUGGACGUCUCUAAGAAGCACUGCCUUUGCUUUCUAACAGAAAAUGAGAAGGCUUUCCUCUGGAGUAAGCGAUACUCCAGUGACAAAGGAAGCACUUUCCUCCACCUGCUGCUGGGUGGAGCCCCCCGGUGGCAGCCUGAAGACCUGACAGAAAUCUAUACUGUUGUAGAGAACUGGCUCAUCCAUCUACCUGAGGAGGCCCUCUUCCUGCUCAGUGACAAUUUUCAUGAUCAGACUGUGCGGAGGGCUGCAGUUCACUACUUUGAACAAAUUCCCGAUGAAGAAUUAGAGGUGUUUCUGCCACAAUUGGUCCAGGCUCUGAAGAGUGAGUGGGAACUGAAUGGACCUCUGGUGAUGCUGCUGUUGGAGAGGUCACUGAAGAACAUACGGAUUGCCCAGCAACUCUACUGGCUGCUGAAGGAUGCCCACAAUGACCCCUACUACCAGAGUUGGUUCAGUAAGGUUGAGGCUGCACUGUGGCAUUGUUGUGGCCGGGAACUGCGGCAGGAGCUGGAGAACGAAACCCGCCUGGUGUCUGUGCUUGUAGAGGUGGCUGAGAGUGUUUGCACUGCCGAAAAGGCUCGACGCAAGAGCGUUUUGGAGAAAGAAAAGUGGAAGAUUGAUCACUUCUUCAGGGAUGGGAUCAGCUGUUGUCUGCCACUGGAUGCUGCAGUCCGUGUAAAGGCCUUGGACAUGGGUGCCUGUAAGUUCUACAGCUCCAAUGCUGCUCCUCUGGGGAUCUCUUUCAUCUGCUCUGAUCCUCUGGCCAAGAACGUCAGCAUCAUCUGCAAGACAGGAGAUAACCUGUGUCAGGACAUGCUGGUUCUUCAGAUAGUCCGUGUGAUGGACAUGGUUUGGCUCCAGGAGGGGCUGGACCUGCAAAUGAUCACCUACAGGUGUCUAUCUACUGGCAAAGCUCAGGGCCUGGUGGAAGUGGUUCCAGAGGCAGUGACGCUAGGGAAUAUUCAUCAGGAGUGGGGUCUGGGUGGCACCCUUCGAGAAGACACACUAGAGAAAUGGUUCCACAUGUGGAACAAAACUAAGGAGGACUAUGAGAAGGCUGUGAUGAACUUCAUCCACUCAUGUGCAGGGUGGUGUGUGGCCACCUUCAUCUUAGGUAUCUGUGAUCGCCACAAUGACAACAUCAUGUUGAAACACAGUGGACACAUGUUUCACAUCGACUUUGGCAAGAUUAUGGGCAAUGCACAGAAGUUUGGAAGCUUUAAAAGGGACCGAUCACCAUUCAUCUUUACAUCUGAGAUGCAGCACUUCAUCACAGGCGGGGGACAGAAGCCUCAGCGCUUGCAUCGCUUUGUGGAGCUCUGCUGUGAAGCUUACAACAUAAUCAGAAAGCGCUCUGCACUGAUACUCAGCUUGUUGGAGCUGAUGCUACAAGCAGGAAUGCCUGAACUGAAGGACUCAAAUGACCUGCAGUAUGUCCAGAACAACCUCAGACCCCAUGACACAGACCUGGAGGCCACAUCUUACUUUACAAAGAAGAUCAAGGAAAGCAUGGGCUGUUUUGCAGUCAAGUUUAACUUCUUUACACAUAGCAUGGCUAUGGGGAAGAGACCACAAUCACUAACCCAGGACGAGAUCCCCGCUCCCAGCACCAACAUCCAAGAAGCUGUCAUCCUGAGCUACAACAUCAAAGGAAAAGAUGUGAUUUAUGACCUGAGGGUAACCAUUCAUGAUGGUUUUCUGAACAGUGAGAUGACAUAUGGGCAGUUUGAGUUGAUCCAUAAGCACCUGCAGAAAUACUUCGUGGAAUCCAAGCUGCCUCAGUUUCCUAGUUGGUAUAAGCUGUCAUUUACCCCAAGCAGGAGGAUGUCUCUGCUGAAUAAAUACCUAAAACAGCUUUUUGAGGGACCGUGCAAGGGAAAUGAAUAUGUGUGCAGCUUGUUCCUGGAUGGACCCAGUACAGUCCAAGACAGUGUGGUGGCAGGAGCCUGUCCUCAGAUCCAGCUCUGCAUUUCCUACUCUGACUGUAAGCUCUCAGUCUUGGUAAAACACCUGAAGAACAUUAAGCAGGCAAACGGCUCCAACCCUGACGCCUACGUGGUCACAUGUCUGAGGCCAGACCCUCAGCAGCGAUCUAAAAAGAAGACAAAGGUGGUCCGAAAUAAUGACAACCCCACCUUCAAUGAACUGCUGGAGUACAAUGAUGUCCCACUGAUAUAUGGGAUGGUGCUGGAAGUGACAGUGAAGAGCAAGAAGACUUUCGUGGCUGCAACAAACAUUAAACUGGAUGAGGAGUUGCUUGACAAGGAGACCUGGUUUCCCCUUGGGAACUGUACAAUCUGACCUCAGAGCUGCACUGUAGUCCUGUGGCCAACAGGGGGAGCCUCCACAUUGAGGAAAAGAAUUAAUCCAAAGAUUUCGAAGACUGACUAAGUGAGGAAAAAGUUGCCUGAGCAGAGGAACUGUCCCCUCUCAUUUAUACUUAACCUCACUCCAGAGAUAAAUACUGCAAGUGAAUGGGGUAUUUGGAUGAAGUUACAAGUGAGUGAAAGAAUCAGGGAAAGAGACUGUUUACUGUGUGUUUAUUUUUUUAAAUGUAAAUAAAAUGAAGGACAUUUGCUAAUUAGUUAGUUUUUGGAUGUGGCUUUGGAAAUGGAUGAAGGAAAGAAAUUAUUCCAUUUAUUAUUAUACUUGCACUUUAAUUUGUACUUUAACAUUGUUAUUUUUUUUUCACUGAGUCAAAACCGUCAAAAUGUGUGUGGCGACUGCCGAUGUGACAGAUUAAAGAGGAGGUGAUGCGGUUCUGUUAGGAGCUGCCUGCCUGAUACCUGCCCAGA